AUGCCCCAGACAGUGUCCGUCGGUAUCGAUUUGGGGUUCACAUUUACCGGGGUUGUUGUGGCUCUUGUCAACCCGCAAGGACACCAUGAAUUUAAAGUGCUGCGGUGGCCGGGCGCACAGGGGCCACAGACAUCGAAGACGCCUACUUGCAUCAGUUACCCACCGGGCUCUGAGCAGCCUAAGUGGGGUUUCCAAGCACGCAGCAACCCUCCUACGUACAGUUGGUUCAAAAUCUUGCUUGGUGAUGAUACGAAACCCGAUGACAUCCGAGACACUGAGCUAGAGAAGUACACGCGUCAAAGAUUAGCAAGACGACCGUUGAACAAGACUGCCUCGCAGAUGGUCUCCGACUUCCUCCGACAAAUCCGGCUCUUUGAAAAUGCUCAAGAUGCCAUGCGUCAAGCAAUCAGGAAUGCAGGCUUCGGCACGGAAACCCCGGGAGAUGUGCAUCUCUCAUCCGAAUCAGAUGCGGCUGCAGUGUAUGUCUUGCAACAGGAGAAGGAGAAUAUAAAGACUGGUCAUACGUUUGUCCUCUGUGAUAUAGGAGGCUGUACUAUCGAUUUGGCAUGCUACAAAGUUAUCUCCAAAGAACCAACUUUGAAUCUGCAACAGAUUACUAAUCUCACGGUAAGAGUCUUCCAUCCUAUAGGCGGGUCGAUGACAAUCGACACAAACUUUUUGCGCUUGAUGAACGAGUGGUUCAUGGGAUUUGAAUAUGUGUUUGAAGGGGCUGGUGGCCUACAGAGUGAGUUCAUGCAGCGUCUCGAAGAUCUCAAAAGGUCCUUCGACGGAUCGACAGGCAGAUAUGUUUUGCCAUUCGAUCUAGGAACAAUUAAUUCAGCUCAUUACGGCUCAAGGGGUAGGUGUAUUAUUAUAAGCCAUGAAGAGCUGCAAGGUUUGUUUAUGCAAACCGUCACUACAUCAAUCGAAGCCAUCCACGAAAUCGUUAGUAAAGCCCAGAGCGAGCUUCGCAAAUUCGAAGAGGCAGUGAAUCAUUUGUGCAUCACCGGCGGCUUCGCGGAUUCUGCCUAUGCCAAAAGUUUGUAUGGGAAUGUAUUCCACGAUAGUGGAUUGCGACUGGUGUACCCUGAAAGCCCGGAGCUUGCAACUUCGUAUGGCUCAGCUCUUAAAGGCAUUAGCGAUGUGAUUCAUACAAGAACAAAGAGUGCUCGCAGUUAUGGAAUCUAUCAUCCCACUCUCCUUUCUUCACCCAAGAGCCCGAUGAGGGACAUCCGUAAACAGUUCGAGUGGCACAAAAGGCCAGCAAAGAAAGCCUUGGCUCAAAACCUAACAUGUUUGAGGCUCAUUGAUAUUCAGAACCUUGUCUACGAGGGAGACUACCACGACUCGAUGAUCUUUAAUCUCUUUUAUAUCCCCGCUGCCAUGCCACAAAUUCAAGAGGUCCAGGUGCUGUCGAUUGACAAUCCGAAUCCCCGCCCAAGCUAUGAGACUACAAGUGAGCUGCAUCAGAUCUGA